GUAACACAAAAAAUGACUGUCAUGUGCUUAUGUUUGCCAUAACUCGGCCUCAUAUGUCGUAAAAGGCGUGUGAGUCAGCGGGGAAGCACAUGACGUUUGGCAGUUUGCCAAUGCAUUAGAUUGACCAAUCUACUGCGCCGUACUUUCCACAACAGCCAAUAGAAAGUUGCUUUCCUUCUGAGAAAAUACAACGCACAUGUCAUGUGAUGGUUAUUGCCGAUGGCGAUUUCCAAUAUGGCUCUGAUAAGACUGUUUCAGGGCCGAAAAACGUUCCGAAACAAUGGUAACAAAUGGAACCCAAAUGAUACAAACUCAAAGUGGAAAUGCCCAAAACUGGAAAGAAAUAAAAUUCGCCUGAUUAUCUUUGGUGACAAUGAUCGCCGUGGAAGACAACUCCUUUUUGACUCAAAUUCCAUUAAGAAAAUAGACGACACCACAUCUGGAGAUCAUGGGAAGUGUCAAGCCUCCAGACUGAUACUUCGUGCCCGCACCCAAGGCUGUGCUAAGCCUGGAAAAGGGGAAUCCGAGCCCACUAAACCUGGGGCUAAAUACCAGUAUUCCCGUCCAGGCUCUGAUGUCAAGAUGCUGGAGGAGAUGAUGUUUGGCUCAGUGGCCAUGUCAUUCAAGGGAUCUGCAAUGAAGGUUCAUUUUAUAAAAGCUCCUGCCCAGCUGAUGCUGACCAAAGUGUUCAUACCCGACAAGCCAAAAACUGACUCAGCAGGAGACCAGGAAUCAUUUGACACCUGUAGUUUAGCCAGCAGUACCGGUGAUAUCUCUGCUCCUAAGCACAUCUCUGGCUUAGACAAACCUGGUAUACAUGUUGCCCAGAGCGUGCCUAUGGACGUCCCCUCUCCCACCUACUUGGACUGGAUGGAUGAAGACAGUGGCCUGGCAUCAGCAUCCAUGACCUCUAGUGGCAGUUUCCAGACCUCUCUGCCUUCACCCAGUAACAACUCAUCAGGUUACAGCUCUAGUAGCUUUAACAGUUUACAUCGGCGCUGGAUGCGGAACCAGAGCACCUCCCUGGAGACGUACUGUCGUAAGCGGCCCUCAACCACAGAGCUGCUCAACUCAACAGAGGUGUCACCUGCCGAGAAACAGAGCAAGCUAGGAGUAGGCAUCAUGUUUGAUCUGUUUGAUGACAAAGAUCAGGAGAGUACAGAGUUGUUUCAGAAUUUUUUCUUUUCUCACAUCACCUUGUUUGAGGGUCACGUGGAGAAACUGAAGGCUGCCAUUGGACGAGGUUACUAUAACAGGAGGAACUUUGUGCAUAUCAUUAUGGAGGCGCUGGCCGUGUUUCGUAAGGAUAUCUAUGACUUGUAUACGGCUCCCCGGCUAUCAGAACCUGUCUGGCUGAACAUGAUGGCCUACAGUAACUACCGUUACGUCCUCUGUGAACAGUUCAUGAAGGAGCUCAUGACAGUUGUCGCCAAGUUCGACAAUAAGAACACAAAUUUCUUUGUGAGCACUCUGGUAACUGCAGUUCUGACUCACCAUUUAGCCUGGGUUCCCACGGUAACGCCUGCAGGUGGUACACCGUCCAAAACUUACUUAGACAAACAUUCAGCAAAAUGGCUGGACACACUUGCAAAAUCCCACCCAUAUAAUCCACUCUGGGCACAGUUAGGAGAUCUCUAUGGUGCUAUUGGUUUCCCAUUGCGGAUUGCACGGACGGUUGUCGUGGGGAAAAAGGCUGAUCUCGUCAACAAGUUUUUAUACGUACUGAGUUACUUCAUCCGAUGUAGUGAGGUACAUGAAAGUGGCAGUAAUGGACUCUUGACUGGAAGUUUAGAGGACCUUGUGCUAGAAGAGACCCCUAGUGAGGCAGACAAAGUCACACUAGGGGCCAUAACCCCCAUUGAGGAACUAGAGGGCCAUGGAUCAGUGAGGUUUUUUGGAGGAGACUGGGGUUCUUUGGUGUCCUCUGAAGGUUCAGUGGUGUCCAAUUUAGGGCGUCAAGUGUCAAGAGAGGCUGAUAUCAAGAGAACAGACUUCUGUCAGUGUCAGACCUCACAGAAAAACUUCCCAAAUCUAAACCCAGCAGCAGAGAAAAAGGGUCUAGAAAUGGAGAAAAUCUUGUCAGAGAAGGCUGAUGAAAAUCAAAACAGUUAUGAAUCUUGUGAGGAGCAAGCUGCUGCUUGUCCUAGCUCAGUGACAAAUGACACAGCCAGGCCUCGGUUAACCCGCGUAGCAUUAAGCAAAGACUGUGGUAAUGCUGAGAAAACACUUGAUAUUAAUGGGGAAGACCAGAUCUGUAAAAUGUUCAAUGUGGUAGUGGAAGAAAGGUCCAAACUGGAUGUGCGUCAUGUCAGAAGUGAAGCUGAGGCGUUUUCAUCACAUGUUAUCCCCACUGAUCUGGAUUGUGGUAAAUCAGGACCUGUUAUCUGUGAUAAAGGGAGAGAACUGUUGAGCGAUACUCUCAGUAUCUCAACCCCAACUAAGGGGAGGUCAGCUUUAUCAGAACAGCUAGCUGAGGAAGCUCCAUCUAAACAAGAGCCUCCCCUAAAUAGCAGCAAUGCAGAAAUCCAGUGCCGUAAUAGAGCCAAGGCACAGUUUUUGAAAGAAGGUAGCAACAGUAUGUUUGAUGAAUAUUUUGAAGAUGGCAGCGAGACGAAGACAAUUGAUGACAUCAGGAAAGAGGACAUUGUUACCACCAACCCCCUGUUCAGUCGCCUGUCUAGCUCAUCCAUAGGCAGGCUCGAGGACGACAAAGGCAUCAGCUCAGGACAGGUAUCACAGGAAGGGGAAAAUAAAGCAGUCGAGAAGACGUGUGAAUGUGAGGAUACGCAGAAUGAGAAAUGCCCAGCCACAAACCGCCCUCCAUUAUCCCGACAAGGCAGCAGUGUCAGUGAAAAACCUCCUGCAAUACGCCCUACCUCGUUAGCACCUGGCAGGUGUAGAUCAGUGACUCCCACAGAACUAGGCCGUCGCAGGCACCUGUCCUCCACCAGCAGUUUUGACAUGGAUAUGCAAGAUCCCCUUCUCAACUGUAAAGAAAUUCCUCUACUCAGGCAAAACAGUGAAACACUGUCAGUGAAGAUCAUCAAGGCAUUCGAGAGGAACUUUGGCCGAUCCCUGAUGGCAGGCUUUUCAGACCAUUAUCUGUCUGACUUUGUGUUACAUGGGACUUCAGACAACAACUUUCAUCACAAAUUGUUGGCUGAUCUGAAUCUAGCAAUCCAGCACCCUGUGUUAGAUGAACCUGUCACAGAGGCUGUGUGUGUCAUAGCUGACACUGAUACAUGGACUGUAGAGGUGAUGUCAAGCCACGCAAGCACAGACAGACUAACAGAUAAGUGGGUGGCGUCACAGCUUGUCUGUAACUUACUGGAGGCAGUGCACGAUCUCUGGAAACUCAAGAUGAGUCCGGAAUUUUGCCUGAUGCACCUUGAGGACCGUUUACAAGAAAUUUUCUUCAAGAGCCGCACGUUGAUGGAAUAUUUGCGAGGUAUUCAGAUGUCAAAAACAAAGUGUAACAAGAAAGACCUGGCUGCACUCUUGGGAUUAGACUCAAACAAUUCUAGUGACCUCCAGUUGCUGCUCUCAAUAGCUGGUACUCACUCACCCAUGGUGCCUGGACCAGGAAUGUAAGCUCUCAGUAAGACCUGUCUCAACUGGUAUCACACCUGAGGGAUCUCAAAGGCCUGUUUGCACGUGGACUCCAAGGAUUGGUGUUACACCUGAAGGAUUGUUCUCACUUGAGCUCCAAAAAGGAUUGGUGUUACACCAUCAUUCACACCUGAGCUCCAGGGACUGAUGUUACCUAUGAUGAAUGGUUCGCACUUGAACUUAAAAGAGGACUAUCACACCUGAGAGAUCAUUCCCACCUGAGCUUCAAGGAUUGGUGUCACACCUGAUGGAUCAUUCCCAAAUGAGCUCCAAGGAUUGGUGUCACACCGGAUAGAUCUUUCCCACCUGAGCACCAGGGACUGAUAUUACCUACGAGGAUUCGUUCACACCUGAGCUCCAAGCAGGACUAUUACACCUGAGAAAUCAUUCCCACCUGAGCCCCAGGGACUGAUGUCACUGAUGAGGGAUCGUUCCCACCCUAGCAUCAAGAAGUAUGAUGGAAUUGUUAUCAUGCCAUUUCAAAGCAAAACAGCUAUCACACCUGAGGGAUUGUUCCUACCUGAACUUCAUAAGAUUACUCCCACCAUAACUUCUAGAAGGAGUGGCAUCACAAGCUCCAAGCAGAAACUGGUGUCACACUUCAGACAUUUUGAUAUUGCUGAUAUUGCACAUGUGGGAGAAUUCUUACCAAACAGGACUGGUAUCACACAUGUGGUAGAAUUCCUACCAAACACCAAACAGGACUGGAAUCACACAUGUGGGAGAAUUCCUACCAAACACCAAACAGGACUGGAAUCAUACAUGUGGGAGAAUUCCUACCAAAUAACCAAACAGGACUGGAAUCACACAUGUGGGAGAAUUCCUUCCAAACACCAAACAGGACUGAAAUCACAUGUGGGAGAAUUCCUACCAAACAGAACUGGAAUCACACAUGUGGGAGAAUUCCUACCAAACACCAAACAGGACUGGUAUCACAAAUGUGGGAGAACAUGUAUCUGAAGACUUCAGCAUGUAUCUGAAGGCUUCAACUGUAAUUUCCAUUUAUUCUUACAUGUAUAUGAAGCUAAAUGGCAAUUCAUAUCAGAAUACUGCAAUAGCAUGUAGAUGUCCUGAAGGUAUUAAGAAAUAUACAUGUGUGUAUUUUGUGAUCAUUGAACAGGACCAAAUAUUUAGACAUAUAUUCUACAGGAAGCCUGUGAAAAGGAAUAUGAAAAUAAUUGUAGAUUGGACACUUGGCUGCAUUGGAAUUGGUACUGAUGGAAAUAUUUCAUAAAUAAUCAAUAUUAAUGAUUGUUCAAAAAUCCUGUACAAUCAGGUAAAUAUAGAAGAUAGGUGAAAGUUUACUAAACCCCUUCCUGUUGAUGAGGAAAUAAUGUAAUGAAGAAGACAGUGCGACUCUUUGUGUAAAAUGUAUUUUACUUCUUAGCAGGCGUUGUUAUACUAGAUUACGAUGAGAUUUUAUGAGGAACAGGCUCAAGCAAGUGUUUGUAUUGUUUUUGUAAUUUUUUGUUUGUGUGAUAAUGUUAGUGAUGUCUAUGAAGCCUAUAGCAUGGUGACAUUAUGGUGAAUUGUCUGUAUGUGUUGGUAUGUAUACUGGUGCUGUAGUGUAGCCACUGCCAAGUGCCAAGAAUUAGAAUUACUUUACAUUGGCCUUCCUUGAUGAUCCAACCAAAGAUGUCUCUUGCGGCCUGUAUUUUUUUAAUCUUCUGUCCUGAGUGUACAUGUAAAUGUUACUCAAGAAUGCUUAUGUAGAUGUUAUGUAGAGAGAAAAUUUACAAGAACUAAGACUUACAGUAGUCUUGUAUGUGAAUUUUGUGGUUUUAAAAUCUUUGUUGAAUCUCUUGUACUGGUCACUCAUCUCACCAAGUGGGAUGUUGACUCGAGUGUAGAGAGAUUGAUUUACAAGGAGGUCUUCUUCAGUGAUUUAAGUAUUACGUGCUGGUACACAAGUUGUUAUUUUCAUUGAAUGUUGUCCGUGUACGUCUGCAGGUUUCAUUUCAUUCAGAUGUUCACACAGAGCUGCAUUUUUGUUUUAUCUUUUGUGUAUGUGUAUUAUUAGGUGUGAAGUAUAUGCAUAUUGUGUUGUGAUUGAAAUAUGUUUCUUUAAUAAUGAAGUGCAAUAAGGAAUUCUCUGUCUUUUUAUAUUGGAAGAUAAGAGAUGCCUCAUAUCUAUGAUCUACUGACUGUAAAACUUCACGCUACCAUUGUGUACAUGUCUGAGUGAGAGAGGUGGGUGAGUGUGUAUAUGUCUUCGUCACGUUCGUCUACGACUGUACAAUUUGCAUGAUACUGUUACUAAAAGGUGGGGAUGCAACUCUUCAUUUUUACCCUAUACCAUCACCUCCAAAGAUGAGGGGAAAAGUUAAUGACUUUCAAAUACUUUCUUUGAAGUCCUCUUGAAAAUUUCAUGUUAAACUAUUUUAAGUGGUGUUUUUAUACACUUAUUGAAGUGUUGUGUGUUCUUAUGAAUUGUCAUCCAACAGUUUUAGUCAUUUAAUGUGUGCAACAUUACCUUUACUAAUCUUUUAGUAAUUAACACGUCAUUAAGAAGAAAUUGUAAAACUCUAUAGACCUACAUGAAACAUCUGUAUAUGUGAUGGGCUGAUGUGUACAUUUAUUUGGUAUGUUGAAACCUUCUUGAAGACGACAUGGCAACUUAGGGUCUAACGUAUACCUGUAUUUUUAUGUUUCUCUUGAAUGUUGGAAUGGGGUUGAUGUGCACUGAUACAAAAUGCACUUGUACAAGUUGAGAAAGUUUUCAUUUCAUCACAAUUGUGUGUGUGAGCUUUUAAGCAUAAUAUUUGCGUGAGAAAAUGUCUGUUAAGAGCAUUAAUAUCCAUAUUUGUGUACUUAAGAUAUCUCCCUAACAAUAAUUAACAUCUGAUGCUAUUCAGUGAAAAAUUGUGUUUUUGUAACUGUAUGAAACAAGUCAUAAUCUAAACAGUUCACUGUGAUAUUUUUAACUAAUAAAUAUGUACUACAUAAAGUUUGUGAUGUGAAACAUUACCAGGUAGAUGUUUACUGGUACUUAAACAUUGAGUUUUGACUGUCAUUGUUUGAAAUAAUAUGUAAAAGUAAAGCACCACAAUGCAAAAUGAAAGGUCUGUAUAUAUGCUCGUUCCUUUAGCUGCAAUACAUUGGUAAACUUAAUCUAUUAAUUGAUAUGAAUGUCCUGUCAAGCUCUUCUGUGUCUGAAGGGGAGUUUGGUGUAUUUAGCUGUGCCGUUUGUAACAAAGACAUCUGACUCAUGGUAUAAAUGUGUGUAUGUGGACUAUUGGCUUCAUUUGCAUACAUGAGAGAUUAUGAACAUUGAUUUAUGCUUGUACAUAAGCAGUGAUUAUUUAUACAACUCUUGACAUUAAAACUUUAACUCAGAUGUCUUGGAUGUAUGUUGUGUAAACUGUAUAGUUCAGCUGCAGAAGUAGACAAAGCAAGUUUGAUUCAUUUUGAUUAAGAUUUAACAUUCUACUAAAGAAUAAUUCACUUAUUCAACAUGAAUUAAGUCUAGGGAGCAGGAAACCUCUGUCCUGUACCAUACAAAUGACAAACUGUCAACCAUAAAGAAAUAGACAAUACAGUCCCGUGUUUAUAACUAGACGCCAAUCAAAUCAUUAAUAAUAGUCCCUUUAUAUCGUUAUUUUAUAUGUGUGAAAUUUAAGAUGAAAGUCAUAACGUAAUUCAUCAAUAUUUAAGGCUUAGAUUUUAAAAAACUAAUUAUGACAUCUGGAUUAUCUUGGAACUUUUAAUCUUU